GGCACUCCUCUAUAAAAAUGUAACUUCCUUCUAACUUUUUUCACUCAGACCGCACCUUGCACUGUGAAGGAUCAACAGCAUCUGAUAGACGUCUUUCUCCACCAAAGCAGAUCCUGCUGGCAGCAGCAGUGAAGAUGGCUGUCCUGUGCUGGAUGGCUGUAACGCUGGGUUUGUUCCUGUCUGCUGGAAACAGUUUGGCUGAUGUGGACCAGAACAAACUUGCGGGAAUUGUAACAGAGAUACUGAAAAGGUAUAGACCAACCUACAUGGGCAGCCGGGGUCAAAGAAGAAGACCCAUGUUCAGUCUGGCUGUAAGCAUCCCAUUCGACAGUGGCAGGAACAUUUAUGACAUCGGUCAAGUCACUGACACCCGUGACCAAGUGUGGCAACGUAUUUUGAACAGAUGUGAAGUGUACACCAGUCAGAGGAUGGUCGCAGCUACAGUUCUGAGAUGGCCCAAUGUUGUGGAUCAGUGUCCUGAGGGACGUGUGCAAUGGUCUAUUCCAGCAAAAUGUGGUCAAACGUGGGCUGAUGUUCAGAAUCUGUGUCCUACCGUAUUUAAAGAUGGUAGAGCUGAUCAUGCAGAGUACCGUACUCUACAAAACUUUAAUACCUUGGUGAGCGAUCAUGACGAAAAUGAUUUAUUGCUUUUCUACGUUCUUGCUUCCCCGUGUGAUAAAAGAUGUGCAAGUGAAUCGAGUCGCUUGAACAUUCUCAACAGCAUAAAAAUGAUUAAACAGUGGAAGAACUAUGCUGUGGUGUUUUCCGAUGUAUUCAAGCCCCGUGGUAGUGAAUCCAUACCUGAACAAGACCUACGCGGAGCCAUUGAGCGGCUUGGUCAGUCAGUUGGUCUGAGCAAUAUAUUCCGUUGCAACGGAGAUGUGGUGCAGUGCACAAGCUGCUCUAGUGGUACACAAGUUACACCCUAUUGUUAUUCAGACACAGCACAACCUGGUCCCAGCCACAACUUGCCAUCCACUUCAUACAACCAGCCUCAACGAGGCAGACGUCGUUCCCCCUCACAAGGUGGUCAGAGUGACAGAGGCAAGCAAAGCAACAAUAUCAGUCCAAGACCUGGGGUUUCCACAAAUGUUGACAGUGGGGGUCAGGGUGGCACGGUCAGCGGAGGGGGCAAGCGCCGGCGAAAGCGUAAAAAAGGGAAAAAAAGUAAUAAUACUAAUGACAGUGUUUCUGCCUCACAAAGUGGUCUUGGGGUCAGUAAUGCUGAUGUUGACAGUAACACAGGAGGAGGUCAGGGUGGCACAGGCAGUCACACAGUCCGAAAAGUGGGUGGACGCAGAGUAUGGACAAAAGGCAGAGUCAGGGGGAACAAGCCGAAGAGUCAGCAGGGGAAGAGUAAGAAAAAAAAGCAGACAAAUAAGAAGAAGAAAACACAAAACAAAGGGAGAAAACAAUGGAGCCAGGAUGUACAGGGGAGGGCUAAAAAGCAGAAGGGGCAGAAGGGUAAGCAGCAACAGAGGCAGAGGGGUGGAGAAAUUAGGAGAAUUGAUCAGCCACAGAAGAGGAGGAAGCGGAGGAGGGGCUAAACACAAAAGUGUUAGCAGGAGCAGAGGAGGAGGGAGGAAUAGAAGACAGUGCAGGGUGAGCUUAAAAAACAAGUCUGCAUAAAUAUGAUAGUACUUGAUAAAAGAAGGCGAACUGCACGAUAGAUUUGAACUGCCAUAACUCAGUGGUUGUGAGUCUGACUCUGGCCUUGAAAUACACAAUUCAUCCUUGCACAACGCGCUAAUAUACUAAGAUUGAAAUAUUUUCCAUAAAUCAUGGCUGCCAUCAGAGAGUCAGUUGAGUCUAGCCUGUUGUCUACGCGACAUAUCUAGUCAGCUAACUUGAGGUUUGUUGCUUCAUUUACAUAUUGUCCUAUUUGUAUGCAGCCCUUUUCACAUAACUAGCAGAUAUUUAAAAAAAAACCCACACAUAUUACUACCCUGACUGGGUUGUAAAGAACUUUGCCGGUAAUUGUCUCAUGUCUGACUAAAAUUACAAGCUAAAAAAUAUUUAAUAGAUUUUGAACUGUUAUAGCAGUACUGAUAUCAAUACAUUUUGCAGCUAAAUCAUCCCGACCAACAGAUAUCUUCCUUUUGGAACACACUGAGGUCUAACUGUUUUGCAUAUUUACAAACACACAGAACACGUGUGGGAUGAGUAUGAGAGUUGGACGUAGUUCUUUGUAAUAUUAUGGUGUGCAAACUGUAGGAUGAGAAGGAGGGGCAGUCCAAGCAUUUUGUGCCAACGUUCCACACAGAUUUUGAUUUGGUGUUUAAAGUGAUAAUUUUCAUUUUGUAUGUAUUAACUAAAACUUGUAAUUGUAUACUCUACUUCUGUAAAGCAAAUCCUCUAAUGUUCUGUUAUUUCUGAUUAAAGAUUGGCUCAGCUUCCA